UCCCUUUCUGACCAUAUUGCCGGCUUUUAUUUUAUUUUUUAUUUUUUUUGACCGUCUUGCCAUCUUGGUGGAUGCCGAAUCCCGCCACUAUAUGCUGUUAGCACUUAGCUGCAUUAAGGUUAGUUUCAUAUAUAUAUAUAUAUAUAUAUAUAUAUAUAUAUAUAUAGCGUCCAUUGAUCUGCAAGUAUCAGCUAAAAUUAAGAGGUGGGCGGCAAAGAAAGUGAAGCGAAGUAAGAAUCUAGAGUGAGAGAUGGGGAGUAGAGUGAGAAGAAUAAAGUUGGGUUCGCAAGGUCUGGAGGUAUCAGCACAGGGACUGGGGUGCAUGAGCAUGUCUCCAGGCUUGUACGGCACUCCGAAGUCAGAGGAAGACAUGAUCGCUCUCCUCCACCACGCCAUCAACUCCGGUGUCACCUUCCUCGACACCUCUGACAUGUACGGCCCCUUUGCCAAUGAGAUCCUUCUCGGCAAGGGUCUGAAGGGAGGGAUGAGAGAGAGAGUACAGUUGGCUACCAAGUUUGGCAUUAGCUUUGCCAACGGCAAGGCAGAUAUUCGUGGUGAUCCAGAUUACGUGCGGGCUUGCUGCGAGGGCAGCCUGAAGCGUCUCGAUGUUGAUUGCAUUGAUCUCUAUUACCAGCAUCGCAUUGACACUCGUGUCCCUAUUGAAGUCACAAUGGGAGAACUCAAGAAACUAGUUGAAGAGGGAAAGAUUAAGUAUAUAGGUCUAUCUGAGGCCUCUGCUUCAACAAUCAGGAGGGCACAUGCUGUUCAUCCCAUUACUGCUGUGCAGUUAGAGUGGUCCUUGUGGACUAGAGAUCUGGAAGAAGAAAUUGUUCCUACUUGCAGAGAACUCGGCAUUGGGAUUGUGGCUUACAGUCCGCUCGGUCGGGGAUUCUUCACUUCAGGUCCCAAGAUGGUUGAAAACUUGUCUUCACGUGACUACCGAAAGAAUCUACCACGGUUCCGAUCCGAGAAUUUGGAGCACAAUAAAAACAUAUUCGAGAGGGUUAACGAAAUGGCAACAAGGAAGGGUUGCACCCCAUCACAACUAGCUUUGGCCUGGGUUUAUCACCAAGGGAAUGAUGUUUGUCCUAUACCGGGCACCACCAAGAUUGAGAAUCUGAACCAGAAUAUCGGAGCUUUGUCGGUGAAGUUAACACCGGAAGAGAUAGCCGAACUUGAAUCUUUUGCUUCUGCUGAUGCUGUUAAGGGUGAAAGAUAUGAAAACAUGUCAGCUACUUGGCAGAAUUCAGACACCCCACCCUUGUCCUCAUGGAAGAGUACUAACUAAAGAGGUGCAUUUUUCACUGAGUUCUAAUGCUGCCUCCUUAGCUCUCUUGGCUUUUCAUUUAUGUGUGCUUUCAUUGUGUUUUUUUUCAGAGAAUAUGUGAUCUUUUUCCUAAUAAAACAAAAAAUAAAAACUGUUUAAAUUUGUUAUGAUUUGUCAAAGAUCAUAGAACUUUUCUUUACAGAUCUGGUUUUUAUCUGAUUGAGAGCUUGCAUUUUGAUAAUUAUCAGAAUAUCAAAGCCAGAGGGGAAAUAUUAUUUGUGA